ACAAGAGGAAAAGUUGCAUUUUUAAGGCUUUUCCGCCCUUUUUCACACGGGGAGUUCAACGGUUCUGCGUGCAAUUUCUACCUUCAGUAGCUCAUGAAUCGUGGCGCGAUUUUUACCAAAAAAAUUUCCUUGUCUUCUCGACAAAAAGUAUUUUCAAAAAAUAUUUAUAAUUUUCUUUUAAAAAAAAGAUGUUUGGCAUUAAAAAAUGAUGUCUGCGGUGGAAAAAGUGCAUUUUCGGUGGUUCAAUAUCAUAGAAAAUAAUGGGAAAAAAUAGUUUUCUCGUCAUGAUGAAGCCGUAGGAAGGACAUAAAGAAAAAUGAAGAGAAAACAGCGUCGAUACAGGACCACCUUCAAUUCUCUGCAGCUGCAGGAGCUCGAGAGAGCUUUCCAGAGAACCCACUACCCGGAUGUCUUCUUUCGUGAAGAUUUGGCCAGAUUGAUUGACCUGACGGAGGCUAGAGUGCAGGUAUGGUUCCAGAAUCGUCGUGCCAAGUGGAGGAAGCAGGAAAAGGGUAGUGUUCGCAGUCCCUGCUUCGAUAUGCCUCUGCCUGCAUUCUCAGAUUCCACAGCAAUCCCCGGUCAUCCAUCCACAAGUGAUGUCCUCUCUGAAGCUGGAGUUGUAGUCUCUCCCAGUGACAUAUUUGCUGAACUUCCCACCCAAACUCUCGAAGUAGAUCCCAUGAAGCCAUCACAGAUCGAUGAUGGACAUCUAUCGCCUCCAUCUGGUGCAAGAUUGUCUCCCAAUCUCUUCCUGGGUAUCAACUUUGACCAGAAUAUAUGCCUUGAGCGCAGCAAUUUGUCUCUCGAGUGGACAACUCUCAGCAAUUUUUCCCCAUUUCCCUCCAAUCAACCCAACAAUGAUGCAGAGAAUUGUCUGAAUCUCCUAGAAAACUCCCAAUCUUCUUUUGACGAGAUGAAAUUCCUCAGCACCGACACGGAGAACUGCAUCAUGAGCCUCGACCGAGAUAGGAGCCUUACUAUGGAACAGAAGUCUGGAGAAGCUGUUCAGCAGCCAGACUAUGCCCUCUUAACGGCCAGUAUGGUCGAUCAGGAGGAGCAAAAAAUAGAUGAGACACAUCUUAUUGACCUGGAAGUGCCUACAAUGAAUUUCUAAAGAGUGUAUUUAGUCAAGUGGAGUGGUUGAUAUGUGAUUUAAAUAAAUUAUUGAACUCUGACGAUCC